AUGUCGGCAUGGCAAUUCGAGGGAAGCGAGUCUACUAGACAGGUCGACUUUUUCUUCAAGAGCCGAAAAUAUGCAGCCAGUACUCCUCACGACUGGCGCGAUGUUCUAGUUCUGGGAGAGUUGACUUCGUCUUCUGUCAGAGUUUGGAAUAGCAAGUUCCUCCAACUAUCAGUUUACAUGAGAGAAGUUUUCGUGACGCAGCCCUUGCGUCGGUUUGUUCAUGGAUUCAUUUUGUUCGAAACGAAGUUGCAGCUGUGGGUUUUCGAUCGAUCGGGACCCAUGUCUACCGGCUUCAUCGACAUCGGCGAGAAUCCGGAGAAGCUAAUCUAUGUGAUCACUGCAUAUAUGCUGAUGAGCGACGAUGAGCUUGGUCUUGUCUCAAACUUUGUCCAGGAGCACGACCGGACGCUGAUCAAGGUCAAGGAGCCAGAAACCGAUAACUGGUUGAUGCUGACCCUCGAAACUUUCCCAUUUAUUGUUCAGCAGUCGAUCGUCUCGCGUGGCACGACAGUCUACCGCGGUCUGUACGAAAGCUUUGUGGUGAAGAUCUCGUGGCGGGCGAUGGGACGGAUGUCAGAGGUCGAACUUCUCGGGAAAAGUCGCAGUAUUUGUGGAGUGGUAACGUUGAUUGGAUCACUUGACAUGGAAAAGAUCAGCGAGCUACGUGACGGCCUUAUGUUCACGAAGGCAAUGCAAAGAGAGAUCCAGCCCGACGUCUCAGAUGUGGUAGUUGUCGAUGUGAAUGCUUCUCCCAAGAUCUCCAACAUGUCCACAACCAACUCUUCAUUGUUCUACCGAGAUCGGUUGCAAUCAAUAAUCGCAUCGAAGCCUUCUGUUCGAGCAAUUGGAGAGGAUACAUCACCGUUGGACUUGCUUUGUGGACUACGCUAUGCAAUCAAAGGCCACCGAUCACUGUUUUUGGAUGCCCGGAUAUUGCACAGUGACGUCUCGGUGAACAACAUCAUACUGACAGAUCCGAAGAUCCUCAAUAGUUGCUAUGGAUCGCUGAUAGACUUGGAUCUGGCAAUGUCGUUGGAUAACCCCAAUGCUGCGGCCAGCUCUCAUAUCCUAACUUGGACGAUGGAGUUCAUGGCACUCGGCAUCUUCAGGGCGAAUUUGACACGAAUAAGUGCAGGCAUCAAGCACUCGUAUCGCCAUGAUCUAGAAUCAUUUUUCUAUGGACUUGUGUCAACGUGCAUCCGCUUCGGCUGGGGCGAUAAAAAGGCCACUCACCUAGGACUUCUUGGGACGUGGUACAAGGGUACAGUUCAAUCUAUGUACAACGCCAAAUUUACUGCUAUACAUGUAGAUUCAUUUGAAUACAACGUAUUGAGCGGAUUCUCGGCCAAAUUCGAGUGUUUGAAAGAUGUAGCCAAGAGAAUGCGGGCAUCGCUGUUCGACAGAGGUUUUGGGUUCUGGCUGGGUAAAGAUCAUCAUCCGGAAACACUGUACAAUCCCAUACUUCUAGAUCUCGACUUGGAAAUUGCUAAGAUGAAAUGUGAGUUUUGCCAUAGUCCAGAAUACUGUAAUAUUUAA